AUGGAUCUGCACAAGACUGCUCCUCUCUCCUCCGUCAUGUCUUCCCCGACAGUCAACAUUGUCUCCAAGACGCCAGAACAAGACACUGGGACUGCCAUUCCGGUGAAUUGCAACACCUCGUCAACCAUGGAUCCUGCACCCAGACAAGGCGACUUGAACUGGCGCCUAAGCGCCCAUCCCAUCACCCUUCUCUUCUUUCUAGGCUUCCGCAUUGGGAGUCUUCUUAUGUACCUCUUUGGCGUUUUGUUCAUUGACAACUUCGUGCUCGUAUUUAUCAUCACUCUGCUCCUUCUAUCCGCCGAUUUCUACUACCUCAAAAACAUCGCCGGUCGACGAUUAGUCGGUCUCCGCUGGUGGAACGAAGUGAAUACGGCCACUGGGGACUCGCACUGGGUAUUCGAGAGCUCGGAUCCGAAUGUCCGCACCAUCAACGCUACCGACAAGCGCUUUUUCUGGCUUAGUCUGUAUGCCACGCCUGCCCUGUGGAUUGCAUUGGCUAUAUUGGCGAUUGUGAGAUUGCAAAAUGUUAUUUGGUUGAGUUUGGUUGCCAUUGCUUUGGUCCUGACUAUUACAAACACCCUGGCCUUCUCACGCUGUGACCGUUUCAGCCAGGCAGGCUUCUUUGCGAAUAGCGCGUUGUCCGGAGGUAUUGCGGGCAACCUCGCCUCGGGACUUCUUGGAAGAUUUUUCCGAUAA